AUGCCGCUAUUGAGCUAUGGCAGCUUCUCGACUAUUGCCUUCUGUGACGCAACCUCUCAACGCCACGAAGAGAUUCCUUUCCACGUGCUCUACGUCCACACUGAUUGCUCUAGCGACUCAGGUUGUCCAGAGGGUGGCCAGGCACCGGCGGGGAUGGUUGAGCCCGUUCGAGAGCAGCAACAGCGAGGUCAGCAGCAGCCGCAGCAGCACCCGGAGCCGCUGCUCGAGCAGCAGAAGCACCAGGAACAGCCGCUCAAGCAACAGCAAACCAUAUCCAGCACCAGAGGAGCACGAUGCCCUUGUACCGGCACAGCAGCAGCAGUUGGUUGCCGCGGUGGAGGGUUGGAGGAUGUACUGCACGGCAAGUAG